AUGAAGAAGGGGACCACGAUCCAUAAGACGUUCGAGGAUGAGGUCUACACGACUGUCGCGGUGGAUAUCACGACGAAGGAAGAUGCGCUGGCGCUGCGGAUCUGGAAUGCCAUCCAGGGGCUGCGUACGCUGCGGGAGUUUGGGCUCACGCGCGAGCUGGAGGUCUGGGGCGUGGUGGAUGGUCAGCUGGUGAAUGGCGUGAUUGAUGAACUCUCGUAUGAGUGUCCGGACUCAGAGCUGGAGGACUCCGCGGCGGAACAUUAUGCGGACGUCGAGGCCUCUAGGGCCGUUUUGCCGGAGUAUCAGAUGUCGUUGACGGAUUAUUUGCUGUCGCCGUCGCAGGGGGGUCGGCGGUUGUCGGAUAUGAACUUGCGAGACGAGGAGGAGCCGGCGCAGGGGUCUGACGACUCGUUCAGUAUGGGGAGCCAGUCGACGGCGGAGAUGCUGCAUCUCCCGCGCAUAUACAUGACCGAUAUCAAGACGCGCGGGGGCAGUGGCUCGCUGCCCACCGUCAAGAGCACGUCUUUUCGGCCCACGUCGCUGCAGCUGCAGAUGUAUUAUCAUAUGCUGAAUAGGCUGGUCACCAGCGACGACGUCACGAUCGAGAUGCUGGCGGCGCGCUACGACCUGGAUGCGCAGCGCACGUUCACCGAUGCUUUCAUCACGGAAGUCGGCGGCCUGAACGAUCAGUUCUUCGACGCUCCGUCGUCCCCCGAGUACGACCCCGACGUCAUCCCCACCCCAGAGGACGCGAGCAUGCGGACUUCCCCGUCGCAGGAUCUCAGCUUCAGCUCGAGCACCGGCUCCGCUCCCUCCGCCAGCCAGGACUCCACCAGCGUGCUCCUCACCCACAACAACCUCACCAGCCUCUGGAAUCUCAUGAUAGAGCAGUUCCGCCUCACCUUCCUCCCUCCCCCGCACUCGUCGACCGUCUCCGUUGCGCCCUCCAUCCCGUCGGAAUUCCAACCGUCCCUGCUCGAGCCCUAUCCGACCGUACUCUCUCCGCUUCUCACGGCGCGCUACAUCUCCUCCACGCCGGCCGAGGACUCGUCCCGGCGCGAGCUCGGCAGCCGCUCAUUCCUCUUCGAUCCUACCACUCUAACGUCGUAUCUGGGCGACCAGAUGGAGUGGUGGCGCGGCGAGCGCAACCCGCGCGGCGUCGAGGUCAUGGAGGCGUGGAAGUGCCGGAUCUGCGAGUUUAAUGAUGAGUGCUCGUGGCGACAGGAACGGGAGUGGGCAUUUGCUCGACGGAAGAGGGGAAGAAGAGGGUCGACGGCUGCUGUUUAG